CUCUUAAAAUACUCCAUUAGCACCUAAAUUCUUACAAAAUCAUGAUUGUUAGUAACCAUGGCUUCUCCAUCAUCUCAUCUUCAUUUAGCAGCAAUAAUUUUAUGCAUAUACUUUGUGGUACCAAUUUUUGCAGAGCUUCAAAGGUUCCAACAUCAACCAAAGCAUGAUGGAUCCGUCAGUUAUUUAGUGAUUGGAGAUUGGGGCAGAAAAGGAAGAUAUAAUCAAUCAAGGGUUGCCACUCAGAUGGGAAAGGUGGGAGAGAAACUUGACAUAGAUUUUGUUGUAUCCACCGGAGACAAUUUCUACACGAAUGGAUUAAAGGGUGUAAAUGAUCCAGCUUUUCUAAAGUCAUUUUCCAAAAUUUACACUGCUAAAAGCCUCCAGAAGAAAUGGUACACAGUUUUGGGAAACCAUGACUACAGGGGUAAUGUACCUGCACAAUUAAGUCCUCUCCUAAGAAAAAUUGACAAUAGAUGGUUCUGCCAACGAUCAUUCAUCCUUAAUGCAGGAGUUGCUGAAUUUUUCUUCAUAGACACAACCCCAUUUAUAAAUGAUUAUUACAACUUUUCCGAACAUUUUUAUGAUUGGAGAGGUGUGUCUCCUAGGAAAUUUUACCUCAACAACCUUUUGAAGGAAUUUGAAUCAGCAUUGAUGAAAUCAAAUGCAAUAUGGAAAAUUGUAGUGGGUCACCAUGCAAUUAGAAGUAUUGGGCAUCAUGGUGAUAGUCCAGAGCUUGUAAAGUAUCUCAUCCCAAUACUAAAGGCCAACCAUGUUGAUGUGUACAUGAAUGGGCAUGACCAUUGCCUCCAACACAUAAGCAGCAUAGACGGUCAACUUUUGUAUUUAACAAGUGGAGCAGGCUCAAAGGCAUGGAGGGGAGAUAUUAAAGAGAGCCAAUUUGAUGUUGUGAAAUUCUUUUAUGAUGGUCAAGGUUUCAUGUCUGUUCAAAUGACUGACAUUGAUGCCAAUUUUGCUUUUUAUGAUGUAUUUGGUGAGAAUAUACACCAUUGGAAUCUAUCAAAGUACUCCAUGCAUUCCUCUGUAUGAAGUAUGCAGUUGAUGCACAAGGAAAUAUGUACAUAAUUUUAUGUAGCCUUAUUUGUAAAUAACAAUCAAUAAUUAUCUUGUAUAUUCUAUUUUUUAUGGCAUUAAAUUAU